UAAACAGAAAUGCGAACAGUAGUUGAGGGUAGGAAGAAAGGCUGCCCGGAAGGGGGUCAGGAAAGCUCAGGCAAGCCCACCCUCAGGCACUGCAGCUAGACUCCGAGCUCAAUGGGCAGGCAUCUGAUUCGACCAACAUCAGUUCACAGGGCUUAAUUAAGCCCAGUCCCUUAGGGAGGCCUCGGGAGGGCCAAGGCCCAAGUAUAUAAAGCUCCCUGAGGGUCAGCGUUGGCUCUGCGCCUGCGACUGUGAUUGAAAAACGUCCCAGUGCCCUUGUCUCUUUUCGGAAUCUGACCCCGAGCUUGCACGGGACACACUGCCCAGCUCGGGUGAGAAGGGCAGCUUCCGGGACCCUCGCCUUUAACAGCACAGCGAGCACAGAGUGCACUGGAUCUGCGAGAAGAAACCGCGUUAACUAGUUUGUCCCUAAGGCCGCCUCGUAGUCAUCGCCGCGGCGCCGUGCCUCUCCGGGCCGCAUUGCCAUGGCUGCCCGUGGUGUCAUCGCCCCAGUUGGCGAGGGGUUGCGCUACGCUGAGUAUUUGCAGCCCUCGGCCAAACGACCCGACGCCGACGUCGACCAGCAGGGACUGGUAAGAAGUUUGAUAGCUGUAGGACUGGGUGUUGCGGCUCUUGCAUUUGCAGGUCGCUAUGCAUUUCGGAUCUGGAAACCUCUAGAACAAGUUAUCACGAAAACUGCAAAGAAGAUUUCAACUCCUAGCUUUUCAUUCUACUAUAAAGGAGGAUUUGAACAGAAAAUGAGUAGGCGAGAAGCUGGUCUUAUUUUAGGUGUAAGCCCAUCUGCUGGCAAGGCUAGGAUUAGAACAGCUCAUAAGAGAAUCAUGAUUUUGAAUCACCCAGAUAAAGGUGGAUCUCCUUACGUAGCAGCCAAAAUAAAUGAAGCAAAAGACUUGCUAGAAUCUGGCACCAAACGUUGAUUGAUGCUUAAGGACCACGCUGAAGGAAAAAAAAGAGGGGACUUCAAAAAAAAAAAAAAAAAAAAAAAAAGCCCUGCAAAGUAUUCUAAAACAUGGUCUUCUUAAUUUUCUGUAUGGAUUGACCGCAAUCUUAUCUUCCACCAUUAAGCUGUAUAACAAUAAAAUAAUAAUAGUC